AUGCACGAGCUGCACACUGUCCAGACGCUGGCCGCGCUCGAGUCGCUCAAGGCCGAGGUCGGCGCACUGUCGCGCGAGCACGCCCGCCUCCGCGGCGACGCCGAGACGCUGGCGGUAAUGGCCAAGUCGGACAUCGAGGCUGUCACCGCCUCUAUCGUCGCUGCGUUGCUCCUGCCCGAGUCGGACGCGCAGACCUCUGCCGCCGAUGCCGAACUUCCACUGCCGCGCCAGCUCGGCUCCCGCAUCGGCGCAGACGUCGUGCUCCUCGCCCGCGCCGAGCUUCCGGACUUUCUGCUCGAUGCGGCAGCGGCGACUGCAGUGUGGCGCGGGACAACGCUAUCGUGUGCAGCCCUCCUUCCGCCGGGCACGCCGCAGGUGGCGGUAUAUCCAGCGGUCGAGACGAGCAUCCGCAGCGCGCUUACCGGCCGUGCUGUCGGUGUGGUUGUCUUUGGCGGGCCGGCCGCCGGCAAGUCGUUUGCCCUCCACGGCGUGGUCGGCCAGCGUGGCCUCGUCUUCCGCGCCCUCCAAGAUCUGGUCUGGGCCGGAGACGAGCUCGAGCUCGAGGGCUUCCAGCUCUCGCUAGCGCUCCGCAUCGGCAGCAGCCCGCCAACGCCGGUGGCCUCGGCCACGGAAGCGGUGUACACGCUCGACGCUGCACCGGCAAGUAUCGUCACCGUCGACGUUGUGGUCCACGCCACUGCCGGCGCGCCCGAUCCGGAUGCUGAGCCGCGCCACGGCUCGGUCCGCUUUGUCGAGCUCAGCCACGAGCUGCUUGCCGAUCCGGUCUCUGCCGCCGAGCGCCUCGAGGAGGAGGCCGCCGCCCACGACGUCACCACCGUCCUCGCCGUCGUUUCGCCGGACGCUGACGUCGCCGCCGCCACGCUAGCCGCCCUCACCCAAACAUGA